AUGUCAGUAGGCCCUAAGCCUGGACAGAAGACGGUUCUCGUCACUGGCUGCACACCUGGGGGCAUUGGACAUGGCCUUUGCCUGGAGUAUCAUCGUCAAGGCUUACAUGUCAUUGCCACCGCGAGAAGACCGGAAGUCCUGGCAGAGCUAGCCGCUAUGGGUAUGAGCACCCUUGCAUUGGACGUUACCGAUGGUGAAAGCAUCAAGAAAUGCCACGGCGAGGUUUAUGAGAUUACCGGGGGUAAGCUCGACAUUCUCGUGAACAAUGCUGGUCGCACGCACACCCAUCCCGCAACCGAUAUAUUACUCCCAGAUGUCCGCCAGACUUUCGAGACAAAUGUCUUCGCCAUUAUGGCCAUGGUACAAGCCUUCGUUGACCAGCUAAUUGCCGCCAAGGGUCUCAUCGUCAAUAUCUCUUCUCUCUCUGCCGUGACGCCCUAUGUUUUCGGGUCCGUUUACUGCGCCAGCAAGGCGGCGGUGGCGGCAUACUCGCGUACCCUGCGAAUGGAGCUAGCGCCCUUUGGUGUCCGGGUUAUGGUCUCCAUGACUGGCACCGUCAAGAGCAACACUGCCAGCCAGUCCCUUCGCGCCUUGCCCGAGAACAGCCUCUACAGCCGCGCCAGGGAAAUCUUCGAAUGGAGGGUAGUAUUCAGUCAGCAAAACUCGACCAUUCCCACGGAAGUUUUCAGUAGGAGGUUGGUCAGUGACUCCCUCCGCCCAGAAUGGCCAGCCUUCUUACGCAGCUGGUUCGGCCGCCCUGACUGGUUCUGGUUUGGUGGCAAAGCAUCAAUUGUAUGGCUUGGUACUUGCUUGGGUGAGUGGCUUAUCGACGCUGUUUGUUGGGGCACGUUCCGUAUGAGCGAGAUUGCAAAACUGGUUGCCCAAGACGAGGGACAGAAAAAGCUCCAGUGA